UUGCGAUGUCUUCAUCUAUAUAAAUUCCACUUUUUUCCUUUAGCUGUGGAUCUUCUUUUUUCUACCGUACUCUAUAUUUUUCCUUACUUUCUAGGCAAAAACUUUACGAUCUUUCAAUGUCAGAAGAAUUUCAAGAAUCUGAGGUUAUAUUUUCCGAUGAGUCUUUCACAAGGAAAGAUAACAAGAUCAGUCACAACAACGAAAACUACGAAAGAAAGUCGACGGAGAAGGAUAAAAUUUCAUCUCCGGUGAGAAUUCCGUCAAGAACUACUAUCCGGUAUACGGAAGAGGAGGGAGAAAUGACACCGCCACAUGUCAUAAUCGAAAAACGAAGAACGGAGGCGCAAAUGGCGUUUUCUUUUUGUACCCUUAAAGGAAGAGACUUGAGUCGACACCGUAACACCGUUCUUAGGAUGACCGGCUUUUUGGAAGUUUAAUAUUGAUCCCAAAAUAAAAUGAGAACCGGUCAAGUUUAGUUUGAUCUAUUUGAGUUCGGUUUACGUCGGUUUUCUUCAAAAUUUGGAUGUGAUUUAGCUUUGAAACGAACCAAUUAGUGUAUCAUGUUUUACACGUAUAACAUAGCGUUGAAACGAACCAAUGUAUCACGGUUCUUAUUGUUUGGUGAAGAAAAAUUUAAUAUUGGGGACAUUUUCUCAUAUUUUAUUUGGUAAGAUGUUGAAUUUCCGGUUAACUUAAUUGUAAAUUUUUCUUUUAAAUUAUUGCUUGGUUUCUUGAGAAAAAGAAAACCCAUAACAAUCAAAUCUUAUGAUAAAUUGAGUUAUGGGGUUUGCUUGAGAAGUAAUUGGUUUCUUCGCUUGUAAAUUUAGUGUUCGUUUGGUCCACUUUCAUGGGAGGAAUCUGCUAUUUGCCAAUAUGCUUGCUAAUGUGAGCUGUAUAAAAACUUUAUUUGCUAUUGUGAACUGAACCAAGGGAGAGAUACCUUGGAAAAUUCGGCUAAACAUUUGAUAAUGAUACACAUUGCUUAAACAAAACAAAUUGAUACCUUAAAAAUUGGUUUGACUUCGGAUUAGAUAUAUGGUCCAAAUUUG